AUGCGUCUCGUUCAGCAGGAAGGGCGCAGGAUCGCCCGUUUCUUGCAACGGCGCGAUUCUAGCGCUAGCGCUCAAUCUUCCGUACCUUCACCUGUUAUCCCUGAAGGCUCUGAGGCCCUUCCCCCGACAACGACACCUGUGGCCACUUCGAAUAGCUUUCCUGCUUCAAGUCAAGCCAUUGCCAUCGCACUUUCAGUUCUUGGGUUUAUCAUCCUUGGCAUUGCGUUCUGGCGUAUACGAGUGUGGAGAAGAAAAUCCACCAAGGACGCUGUCAGCGUUACUGACGAGGGAGAUGUAGAACGCCAGAAAGACCAAUGGCUCGCACCAUCUACAACCACUCCCCUGACUCUUGACACCGUCGCGGCACCCGCUGGUGUCGGUUGGGCACCUCAAUUUCGCUCGAUUAGCGGUCCUCAGCCCGUAAGAGACGACGCUAUAGUGUCCAAGCCACCCCCUCCCAAGCGCCCGCGUUCUCCGCCGCCAUCUCUCGUCUUCAAACCAUCUCAAGAUCCCUUUGCUGACCCCCGACCUAAAUCCGCUCCUCCAAAGUCACCUGGGAUUCGUGAUGCAGAACGCGCCAUCAGCGUUUCGUCUCCGUCAUCACCUCAGCCAUAUGCUCUUUCCGUGAGCGGAUACCAGGUUAGAGGUCUUUGGACAAAAGAGAAGGGAAUACGAGAUUCAGAAGUUUGA